GCUUUGACAUGAACUUUCACAAGAUCUUCAUCUUCGCUCUGCUUAUUUUUGCCAUUUGCAUGGGCCAAGCAAAGGCAGAUUUCUGGAAGCGACUGGGCAAGAGAAUUGAGCGCAUUGGCCAACAUGUUCGAGAUGCUACGAUUCAAGUUGUUGACAUUGCUCAAAGUGCUGCCAAUGUGGCAGCCACCGCUAGAGGCUAAAG